AGAUUGAAGUAUGGCUCGAGGCCCGAGAAGCUUCGUUGUCACGAUAUAAAUACAUAUCAUCAUCACGAAAACCCUAGCUCUGAGAUUAAGCACCCGUAUCAGCUUAUUGCAGCCGUCGGAAGAGAAAGCAGAGAAGCAAAUCAACCAUGGGGAAAGUUCACGGAUCUUUGGCACGUGCCGGUAAGGUGAGAGGACAGACACCAAAGGUAGCGAAGCAAGACAAGAAGAAGAAACCCAGAGGACGUGCCCACAAGCGUCUCCAGCACAACCGCCGUUUCGUCACCGCCGUUGUUGGUUUCGGUAAGAAGAGAGGACCCAACUCUUCUGAGAAGUAGACGAAGCUAUUUUGUGCAUUUCCCUUCGUAUGUUUUAGUCAUGUUUCUUUUGCACUUAUAUAUGUUUUGAUUCUAUAAUGCUAUGAAUUUGAUUCUCAACUUCCAGCAGUAAUAGUUUGAUUUUGUCUGCAAGUUUACACCAACCAUGGGGUUUUAUAAAUUAGUUAUUGAAUGA